AUGAGUGAAGAACGGUGGGUCUCCCUUACUCCAGAAGAAUUUGACCAACUCCAGAAAUACUCAGAAUAUACUUCCAAGAAGAUAAAGGAUGUCUUGGCUGAGUUUAAUGAGGGUGGGAGCCUCAAACAAUAUGAUCCACAUGAGCCAAUUAGCUAUGAUGUCUUCAAGCUGUUCAUGAGGGCAUACCUGGAGGUGGACCUUCCUCAGCCACUGAGCACGCACCUCUUCCUGGCCUUCAGCCAGAAGCCCAGACAGGAGACCCCUGACCACCCAACGGAGGGGGCCAGCAAUGAGGCCAGUGGCCCAGAUGCCAACAUACAGAAUGUGGAUAAUGGUGCCAAAGCAGAUGAGGCGUGUGCCCCUGAUACAGAAUCAAAGAUCACCGAGAAGCAGGUGCCAGCAAAAGACCAAGUGGCUGCAACCCUCCUGGGAAAUCCUGUUGUUCCAUCUCCAGGCUCAGAAUCCCCUAUAGUGUACCUGAAGGAUGUCGUGUGUUACCUGUCCCUGCUAGAGACGGGGAGACCUCAGGAUAAGCUGGAAUUCAUGUUUCGUCUCUAUGAUUCAGAUGAGAACGGUCUCCUGGACCAGGCGGAGAUGGAUCGUAUUGUCAACCAGAUGCUUCACGUUGCCCAGUAUCUGGAGUGGGAUCCCACGGAGCUGAGGCCUAUACUGAAGGAGAUGUUGCAAGGAAUGGACUACGACCGGGACGGCUUUGUGUCUCUAGAGGAAUGGGUCCACGGAGGGAUGACCACCAUCCCACUGCUGGUCCUGCUGGGCAUGGAUGACUCUGGCUCCAAGGGGGACGGGAGACAUGCCUGGACCAUGAAACACUUCAAGAAACCCACCUACUGCAACUUCUGCCACAUCAUGCUGAUGGGCGUUCGGAAGCAAGGCCUGUGCUGUGUUUAUUGUAAAUACACUGUCCACGAACGCUGUGUAUCCAAAAACAUUCCUGGAUGUGUCAAAACAUACUCAAAAACCAAAAAGGGCGGUGAGGUGAUGCAGCACGCGUGGGUGGAAGGGAACUCUUCUGUCAAGUGUGACCGGUGCCACAAAAGUAUCAAGUGCUACCAGAGCGUCACCGCGCGGCACUGCGUGUGGUGCCGGAUGACGUUUCACCGCAAAUGUGAAUUAUCAACGUUGUGUGAUGGUGGGGAACUGAGAGACCAUAUUUUGCUGCCCACUUCAAUAUGCCCUGUCACCCGGGACAGGCAAGGUGGGAAGUCUGAUGGCAGCGUGUCAGCCAAGGGUGAACUUGUGAUGCAGUAUAAGAUCAUCCCCACCCCGGGUACCCACCCCCUGCUGGUCUUGGUGAACCCCAAGAGUGGAGGGAGACAAGGAGAAAGAAUCCUUCGGAAAUUCCACUAUCUGCUCAACCCCAAACAAGUUUUCAACCUGGACAAUGGGGGGCCCACUCCAGGGUUGAACUUUUUCCGUGAUACUCCAGACUUCCGUGUUUUAGCCUGUGGAGGAGAUGGGACAGUUGGCUGGAUUCUGGAUUGCAUUGAUAAGGCCAACUUCGCAAAGCAUCCACCGGUGGCUGUCCUGCCUCUUGGAACAGGAAAUGACCUGGCCCGCUGUCUCCGCUGGGGAGGAGGUUAUGAAGGGGGCAGCUUGACAAAAAUCCUGAAGGACAUCGAGCAGAGCCCCUUGGUGAUGCUAGACCGCUGGCAUCUGGAAGUCAGCCCCAGAGAAGAGGUGGAGAAUGGGGACCAGGUCCCGUACAACAUCAUGAACAACUAUUUCUCCAUUGGUGUGGAUGCUUCCAUUGCACACAGAUUCCACGUGAUGAGAGAGAAGCACCCUGAAAAAUUCAACAGCAGGAUGAAGAACAAACUGUGGUACUUUGAAUUUGGCACCUCUGAGACCUUUGCGGCCACCUGCAAGAAGCUGCAUGACCACAUAGAGUUGGAGUGUGACGGGGUUGGGGUAGACCUGAGCAACAUCUUCCUUGAAGGCAUUGCCAUUCUCAACAUUCCCAGCAUGUACGGAGGCACCAAUCUCUGGGGAGAAACCAAGAAGAACCGGGCUGUGAUACGGGAAAGCAGGAAAGUCGUCACUGACCCCAAGGAACUGAAAUUCUGCAUCCAAGACCUCAGUGACCAGCUCCUCGAAGUGGUGGGGCUAGAGGGAGCCAUGGAGAUGGGGCAGAUCUACACUGGCCUGAAGAGUGCGGGCAGGAGGCUGGCCCAGUGCUCCUCAGUCACCAUCAGGACAAACAAGUUGCUGCCAAUGCAAGUGGAUGGAGAGCCCUGGAUGCAGCCACCUUGCACAAUUAAAAUUACUCACAAGAAUCAAGCGCCUAUGAUGAUGGGGCCUCCCCAGAAGAGCAGCUUCUUUUCACUGAGGAGGAAGAGCCGUUCAAAAGACUAA